AUGCCCGUUGCUGCCACCCCAGUGCAACCCGGGCUGGCGCAGCCGGUCGCGUAUGCGCAGCCGAUGCAGACGGCGUUCGCACAGCCCGGGCUGGUGCAAGGGGCGGGGAUGGUGCAAGGGGCGGGGAUGGUGCAGGGCUACGCCUCGGUGCCGGCGCCGGCGCAGCUGCCGCCAACGCCGGGCCACCGCCUCGCCCAGGCGUGGCAGGCAGCUGGGCAGGGCCAAGCAGCGCAGGGGCAGGCUGUGGAUAGCGGCGCGCCGCCGGCAGCCGCGGCUCGCCAGCCGCGCCAGCGGGCGGCGCCGUCGCCCCCGGCGCAGGCUUCGGCCGGGGAGGCGCCUUCGCUGGCGGCUGUUGACUGGCAGGGCGAGCGAAUCGAGGUCUGGUGGCCGCUCGACAAGACUUGGUUCGCGGGUCGGCUGAGCGGCGUCGCGUCGGACGGCGUGCGGGUGCACAUCAAGUACGACGACGGCGACGAGGAGGACCUCGAUUUGGCCAACGAGAAGUGGAGGGCCGCGUCGAGAACGGGGUGAUGGGUUUUCGCUUUCUCGCCUUCAGCGAGAGCUCCCGGCUUGCACAGUCGGGCGGGCCUGGACACGAGCGACCCGAGGCUAUUUUGCUUUUACAAGAUACAACUCAGUU